AUGAGGAUUGACGAUAACAAAGGCGUCUCAGCUUCCAGCAAGCACCUGGUCUUCGCUUACUACGUCACUGGCACGGCUUCGGUUGUCCGUCACUUGAUCGCGGCCGGGCACGACGUUCAUGUCGUCACCGGCGCGCCUGAUUUCGUCUUCACGUCCGAGAUUCAGUCUCCUAGGCUUAAGAUUCGAAAGGUUCUUUUGGACUGUGGAGCUGUGCAAGCUGAUGCUCUGACUGUAGAUCGUCUUGCCUCCUUAGAAAAGUAUGUGGAAACAGCUGUGGUUCCUCGAGCUGAAAUCUUGAAAACAGAAGUGGAGUGGCUUCAUUCUAUCAAAGCUGAUUUCGUGGUGUCUGAUGUUGUCCCCGUAGCGUGCCGUGCAGCGGCUGAUGCUGGCAUACGUUCUGUCUGUGUCACCAAUUUCAGGUGACGUUUUUUAAUAUCCUACUUUCAGUUUUGGUGUGUCUUGUUUGGCCUCCUGAGGUCUUGAGCUUGUUGUAGUCCACGUUCACAACCUAGCUUUUGUUAUCAAGUGUUCAACUCCCCUGUUUUAGAAGAAAAUGUUUAUAGUGAAAAUAUAGUUACAAA